AAAGACACUAUGGGGCCUGAACCCUCCAAUAGUCCAAUACAAAUACUAAGAAUAGAUUAGAAAUACAAGUAAACAAUACAUCCGCAAUACACACAUAGUGUCGGGUAAACUCCACUGCUUCCCGCCAUUGUUGUUGCAUUUAUUCCGUCUCUCUGUUUAUCGAAGCCUUCCCAGUUCCUGGAAUUCAUACGGCUGGCACCCUUCUUCCUCCCUGUCCGGAAGAAAUGCGUGGCGCUCGCUAACAUCUUCCCUUUGUUUGCUAUUUAAUUGGAUCGCCGCCUCUCUGAAACUCUUACUUCAAUUUCUGCGACCCCGUUGUGACCGGAGAUCCUUUUCAUUUCCCUCACCCAAUUUCCUGCCCGACUUCUCCUCAAGCCUCUCGGAGAUUCAUGAUUGACGCAGGAUGUCGACCACCACGACUACUGCCGCUCUCACAUCGACCACACUGGUCGGCAUGCUUCCCACAAUAACAAAUGCGACGGGUCUGGUCCCAGGGAAGAACUGUCCAACCUGUGGUCAGGACUCAUGCCUGUCGCAAGAGCACGCGGCUGAUCAAGAGAGGAUCAAGGAAUUAGAGGAGAAGGUUGGCACAUUGAAUGUCCAGGCUGCACAAAUGGCGGAGAAACUCGCCCAGUACGAACACGAAAUCCGCCGUCUUCGUACUCAGACGUCCACAUAUGCCCCUCGAAACGGCUCCUCUGUAUCCUCUACGUCGUCAAAUGAGAUGAGCCAGCCUUUAUCCCCUCUUCAGCCUCCAUCGUCCUCUCAUUCGCAAGGGCGCCUAUCGACCCUGACAUCCUUCCUCCAUUCCCGCGGGCCUAGCGGUGCCUGUCCAACUCAAACGCCAGCACAGCCAGUUUCCCGAACCCCGUCGCGACAGUCUAGCCCGGACAACACCGCCGAGCUCCAGAAUGCGCUGGAUCGUGAACAGACGUUACGGCGGGCUGCAGAGUCACAAUUGUCGCAGACUACCUCCGAGUUGGAGGAGUUAACCGCGCAACUGUUUAGCCAAGCCAACGAGAUGGUGGCCCAAGAACGCAAGGCCCGUGCGCGGCUGGAGGAGCGAGUAGCAGUGUUAGAACGUCGGGAUGUCGAGAAGAGAACCCGGCUUGAGCGACUAGAGAAGGCGAUGGAAAGGGUCGAGCGCAUCCGAGCUCUCGUUGGUUAAUAGACAGGAACAUAGCAGGGUUUCUUUUUCUUUUUCUUUUUCUUUUCUCGUGGCUUGGUUAUAUCUAUACCCUGGUGUUUACAGCGACUGCCCCUCGUGGAUUUGGAUUUGACAUGAGACAUGACUCGAUGUUCUUCGGGUUCAUUGCCCAUGAUGGUUAUGAUCAGCAUAUAUGGCGUUGGCACAUGGUUUUUUAUUUUGGUUUCUGGGCGGCAGUCGAGGGGCGAUUGUCUAUAUUGUGCAUAUUUGUACGUCGCGACAAUAUAU